AUGGACACCAGAAAGCUGACGGAAAUAUUGCGUGCUACCAUUGACCCAAAUCAGAGACAGCAAGCAGAAGAGCAACUCGCUCAGAUCCAUAAAAUUAUUGGAUUUGCUCCUUCACUGCUACAGAGUGUUAUGUUACAUGAUGUUUCUAUACCAAUAAGACAAGCUGGUGUAGUGUACCUAAAAAACUUGGUGACCUCAGGAUGGCAAGAAAAAGAGGCAGAAGAUGGAGAACCAAUACCAUUUAGUAUUCAUGAACAAGAUCGUGCAAUGAUAAGAGAUAUGAUAGUGGAUGCUAUUGUUCAGGCACCUGAUAUUAUAAGAGUACAGCUAUGUGUUUGUCUCAAGACUAUCAUUAAAAAUGACUUUCCAGCAAGGUGGACACAAAUUGUUGACAAAAUCCACAUUUACUUGCAAAAUCAUGAACCUAAUAGUUGGAUGGGAGCUCUCCUUUGUCUCUAUCAGUUAAUUAAAAGUUAUGAGUAUCAUACUGCAGAGAAAAGAAUUCCUCUUAUUGAGGCAAUGAAUUUGUUGCUACCUAUGAUGUACAACCUCAUUGUGAAUCUCCAAGCUGAUCAAUCUAUGGAAUCUGUGCUUAUACAAAAACAAAUACUCAAAUGUUUUUAUGGUCUAAUAAAGUACUUCUUACCACUGGACUUAAUCACAAAGGAAAUAUUCACCAAAUGGAUGGAGGUCUUGAGGUCAGUUAUGGAGCAGCCUGUACCAGAACAUACUCUUGAAGUUGAUGAGGAUGAGCGCAUGGAAUUACCUUGGUGGAAAUGCAAAAAGUGGGCUGUGCAUACCCUGUACCGCUUAUUUGAAAGGUAUGGAAGCCCAGUAAAUGCAAGAGAUGAAUAUGUGCAAUUUGCUGAGUGGUAUUUAACUACCUUCACUGGAGGUAUUUUGGAAGUACUACUAAGAGUGCUAGAUCAAUACAGAAACAAAGUAUAUGUGUCACCAAGGGUGUUGCAGCAAACCAUUAGCUACAUUGAUCAGUGUGUAAGCCAUGCACACUCUUGGAAGUUAUUGAAGCCACACAUGUUUGCAAUCAUACAAGAUGUCCUCUUCCCACUCAUGUCUUAUUCGGAAGCUGAUGAAGAAUUAUGGUUCACAGAUCCUCAUGAAUAUAUUCGUAUCAAAUUUGACAUAUUUGAAGACUUUGUGUCUCCUGUGACAGCAGCACAGACACUACUUAUAUCUUGCUGUAAAAAAAGGAAAGAUAUGUUAGAGCGUACAAUGCAUUUGUGCAUGCAAGUACUAACAAGUCAAAGUGGGGAAUAUGGACCCCGGCAAAGGGAUGGAGCUUUACAUAUGGUGGGAACUUUGAAUGACAUCCUCAUAAAGAAAAAAUUCUAUAAAGAAGAAAUUGACUCCCUUCUCAGUCAAUAUGUUUUCCCAGAGUUCCACAGUCAACUUGGAUAUAUGAGAGCCAGAGCCUGUUGGGUUCUUCAUUGCUUUGCAAGUGUGCGCUUCAAAAGUGAACCUCUUUUAAUUGAAGCCGUGCGUCUCACUGUGAAUGCUCUUCUUACUGACACAGAACUGCCUGUAAAAGUAGAAGCAGCAAUUGCAUUGCAAAUGCUCCUAACAUCUCAGGAAAAAGUUCACAAACUCCUAGAACCACAAGUGAAACCUGUGACAACAGAACUACUUCAGGUUAUACGUGAAACUGAAAAUGAUAACAUUGCUAAUGUUUUACAAAAAAUUGUACCAUUGUAUACCGAGCAGCUCAUGCCUAUGGCCUAUGAGAUUACUGAUCACUUGGCUACUACAUUCAGUAAAGUAAUUGAAACUGAUUCUGGAACAGAUGAAAAGGCAAUAACAGCCAUGGGUCUCCUUAAUACAAUGCAGACAGUGCUAAAUGUCAUGGAAGACAAUCCUGAAAUCAUGGCACAAUUGGAAAAGACUGUCUUACGAGUAGUUGGUCACAUUUUGCAUCACAAUAUUAUAGAGUACUAUGAAGAAGCUAUGACAUUAUUGUGCAAUUUGACUGCAAAAACAAUAUCAGAAGAUAUGUGGAAAGUUCUAGAAAUGCUGUACCAGGUGUUUGAAAAGGAAGGAUUUGAUUACUUCACAGAUAUGAUGCCAGUUCUUCACAAUUACAUCACAGUAGACACCAAUGCUUUCCUGUCUAAUGAAAAUCAUAUUUUAGCAAUGUUCAAUAUUGCCAAAGCGGUGCUUAACUCAGAUGCAGAAGAUGAGUCUGAAGUGUAUGCAGCAAAACUCCUGGAAGUAAUAGUUUUACAAUGCUCUGGCAAAAUAGAUAAUUGCCUACCAUCCUUUGUCGAGUUGGUCCUUAGUAGACUCACUAGAAAAGUCAAGACAUCAGAGCUUAGGACAAUGUUACUACAGGUUCUGAUAGCAAUCUUAUACUGCAAUCCACACCUGUUGUUCACAAUUCUGGACAAACUACAAGAGUCAGUGCCCAAUGCAUCAAUAACUCAACAUUUUAUCAAGCAAUGGAUACAUGAUACUGAUUGUUUUAUGGGAUUGCAUGAUAGGAAAUUAUGUGUACUCGGUAUCUGCACUCUUUUGGAGAUGGGCCCACAAAGACCUAAUUUAGAUGAGAUAUUACCUAAACUUCUGCCGUCAUGUCUAGUACUGUUUGACGGAUUGAAACGCGCUUACGAAGCAAGGGCAGAAGCCGACGAAGACACGUCGUCUGAAGAAGAUUCAGGAGAAGAAGAUGAAGAGGUACUCUCAAGUGAUGACGAUGACAUUGAUCAAAUGAACAACGAAUAUCUAGAAAAUCUUGCGAGACUAGCGACUAAAAACAGCGCACAGCAAGGCAUAAACCUGACUGCUAAAAUUGAAGAAUAUGAAAGUGAUGAAGACGAUGAUGAUUUCGAACCUGAUGAGACUGCCAUCGAAUGUUACACGACACCACUUGACGAAAAAGAUUGCACUGUCGAUGAAUACAUUAAAUUUAAAUGCACAUUAUCUGCUCUGUCGACCAGCGAACCAGCGCUGUACCACGCCUUGACCAGUGUUUUAACAGAAGAGCAACAAAAACAAUUAAAUGCUGUAUUUAUUUUGGCAGACCAGCGUAAAGCACAACAAGACAGUAAACGCAUUGAACAAAGCGGGGGUUAUUCAUUUACUGUUCCUGCACAAGUACCUACGACAUUUAAAUUUGGUUCA